AUGGAAAACGACCAAACUCAUGAUGUCGACCCAUCCCGGUUCCCACCUCAGCAGCAGCAGAUGGAUACUUCCCAGGGAACUCUAGGCCAGCCGGUCCGUCAACAGCAGUUCAUUCCGACAUCUUCCGAACAGCAACGGUUUUCUCAUCCAGUUCAACAGCAUGCAGCGCCAGUAUCAGUGAACUCCGUCGAAGGUUUGCUAGCAGCUGUGGUGCAAAUGCUGCAAAAUCACGAUGUGCAGCAGCCACAACAUCAAAUGCAACAGCAGCAGUUGCAAGUACAACAACAGCAGUGGCAGCAGCAAAACGAAAAGCGGCAGCAGGAUUUCUUCCAGAGUAUUGCUUCGUCGAUAAGGGUGAACGUCCCACCGAAUCCGGAGCAAAUUUUAGACUCUUUAGCGAGUAAUAUAAAGGAAUUUCGGUAUGAUGCAGACAACAUUGUCACAUUUGGUGCAUGGUAUUCUCGUUAUGACGAUCUGUUUGCAAAAGAUGCCGCCCGCUUGGAAGACGAAGCGAAGGUACGGUUACUUCUGCGAAAACUCGGUUUGGCGGAACAUGAAAGAUACGUUAGUUUUAUCCUUCCAAAACUUCCUAAAGAUUAUUCAUUCGACGAAACAGUGGAAAAGCUUAAAAAUCUUUUUGGUGCGAAAGAGUCGGUUAUAAGUCGUCGAUACCGUUACCUACAGAUCGCUAGAAAUCAGUCUGAAGACCACAUAGCUUAUGCCUGUAGAGUCAAUAAAUCGUGUGUAGAAUUUGAGUUAGGCAAGCUUUCCGAAGAACAGUUUAAAUGUCUGGUGUACGUUUGCGGCUUAAAAGCGAAAAGUGAUGCUGAAAUCAGAGCCCGAUUGCUAUCGAAAAUCGAAGAGCGAACUGAUGUCACACUUGAACAGCUUUCCGAGGAGUGCCAGCGUCUGCACAAUUUAAAGCAUGAUAAUGCGAUGAUUGAGCGGGCAACGUCCUUCGACCAGAUUCAUACCGUAAAACAAAAUUUCGAGCGUCAUCGAUUCAGGAAGCGGAAUGCUGAUUUCUCGAAGGCAUCAACGAGUGGAAUAAAACGUUUGCCACAAACACCUUGUUGGUUGUGCGGAUCGAUGCAUUACAUUCGGGACUGCACAUUUAAGAAACACAAAUGCAAUGAAUGCGGUCAGUUUGGACACCGUGAAGGCUACUGUGGCAGCGCAAUUAAAUCUCGUAAAUCUACGCGACAAAGGGGGAAGGCAUCCGUACACAGUAAGUUGGUUGUUGUUAACGUGUGCAGCGUUCACAAGCGACGCAGAUUCGUAUCUGUCGGUCUAGGUGGAACCAAUGUACGCUUACAGCUUGAUACUGCAUCCGACAUCACCGUUAUUAGCAGAAACACCUGGCGGAAGGUGGGAAGCCCAGCGCUUGUCCCAGCAACUGUUAAUGCAAAAGCAGCAUCCGGAGACGUUAUUCCCAUGGACGGUGAGUUUUGCGCCAGCAUGACCGUUGCCGGAUCUACCAGAAAAGCGGUUAUUCGUGUUUCACAACUGCAACUGAACCUUCUAGGAUCCGACAUGUUUGACAGUUUCCAACUUGGGUCUGUUCCAAUUGACAGUAUUUGUAACCAGAUUUCCGCUGCUCUUCCUUCCGUUUCAAUCCUGAAGUCCAAAUUCCCAGCUGUUUUUAGUGACACACCAGGUUUGUGUACAAAGGUGAAGGUUAAGUUUACACUAAAAGCGGAUUAUACACCGGUUUUUCGUCUAAAAAGACCGGUAGCAUACGCGAUGUGCGCCAUCGUCGAUGAAGAACUUGAUCGGUUACAACGCGCGGGCAUUAUCACGCCGAUUGAGUACUCCGAAUGGGCAGCACCGAUCGUCGUCGUGCGUAAGGCAAGCGGUGCCAUUCGAAUUUGUGGUGAUUAUUCGACUGGGCUUAAUGACGCUUUGGAGCCACACCAGUACCCGUUGCCCCUCCCUCAGGACAUUUUUGCCAAACUGGCAAAAUGUAAAGUGUUUAGCCAAAUCGAUCUCUCAGAUGCAUUCCUGCAGGUUGAGGUCGAUGAGCGUUCCCGUGAGCUUCUGACCAUCAACACACAUCGUGGUCUGUACCGCUACAAUCGAUUAACACCCGGCGUCAAGGCUGCGCCGGGUGCUUUUCAACAGCUAAUCGAUACAAUGCUGGCAGGGUUGAGUUGUACCAGUGGCUACCUUGACGACAUUUCACAAUAA